ACCUGAUCUGCCGCCCCACGAGCUUCUCCUCCAAACCCCCCAGUUAAACUAUCCCAACUCCAUCACGAAUCGUCCUGAACAUCUCUCGCCCCGCGGCGCACUUCUAUACAUCGCGUUCUGUCGCUCUAUAUAUCGUUGCUGUCGCAUGGUCCACGCGAUCUCGGCCCAUAUAUUAAUCGCCCAUCAUGUCUGCCGGACUUCCCUACCUCAAGAGUCUCCGCAAAGGUGACUUGUUGAAUCUUGCCGAUGUCUCUGAUCUGAAGCGUGAGGCGGGCAUUUUGAAAGCAGAACUUGAGACCGCGCUCGAUGAGCAUCUCAGUUCGAAUAAAGACAUCUUCUCCGGCGACAAGCGCUUCGCGGAUUACUACCGACGACUGUCUCAGCCGUCGCGUCUCUCGUCGCCUGUCAAGAAAGAGCCCAAGACUGAUGCGAUCGCCUCUGGUGACGACAUCAAGAAGUCUGCGCGCCGGAGAACGACCAAGGCGAAGGAAGAGUCGGACGUUACUGAUGAAUCCGACUCGGGCAGCGUGAUCAAGAGUCCUGUUCCGGUUACCACUCGCACUCCGGCCCGGUCGCCGCUGUCGUUCACUGCUUCGCUGCCCCCGUCGCCGGCGGUCGUGACGGAGGCAAUUGAUCGCCAGACGGCUCUUGCGCGCAAGAAGGUGUCGGAUGCGUGGGCUGCCUCUCGCCUGACCGAGCACACGGAUUCUCUCCGCUCGGCGCUGAGCAGCGUCAAGUCCAUUGAGGCUAUCAUCAUCGCCCUCGAAGGAUUCAGCCUCGUGAAGGAGCUCGUGCCCCUGAAGUUCCUGACCACCGUCGCUGCUGUCGAUGCGAUCCGCACCCCAGAGUUUGCCGUCAAGGUUCCCGAUCUGUUCGUCUUGCUCACUGGCUCCUUCUGGGCGCCUUUCUCCCUGUGGCUGACCACGAGCCUGUUCCUCCCUCUGACCUUUGCGUACUUCUUCAACUUGAGCCUCAAGGCCAGCCAACCUGCCGCCAGCCACUCGUAUGGCACGCGGCGCACAGCCUCUUCGAGCCAGGACAAGGCCAGCUUCGACCCUCUUGUCUACAACAUUGCCAAAGCUCUGAUCUCGUACCUGGUGUACGCGAACCACUUCACUUUCUGGGACAUCUACAGCAACUUCUCCAUUGAGAAAGUGAAUGUAUCGAUUCCCGGACAGUGGGCUGGCGUCCUCACCGGCACGGCCAUUGGCGGUAUCGGCAGCCUGUACGAGGCUAUUCUGAAGAAGUGAAAAACUGGUCCUCGCAGGGGUUCGAUUCGAGUUUUCACCAAGUGCAUUCAUUGUACUUUUACGUUUUAUAUAUGUGGAGUUGGAAACCGGGGAGGGGAGAUAGCCAUAUAUGUAAUUAUAUGGAUAUACCCCCUCUCGAAAAGAGAGAUUGAUCCUUUGAUUGUUGCAAGGGAACCGUCUCUCUAUCUCGACGUCG